CANGUCAUUCCAAAGGAAGAUAAAAUGCCAUCAGUCAGCCAGGUCAGAAGAAGUCGAUCACAAAAGCCUAAACCAAAUUUAUCACAGACUUCAAGACCAUCAAGGUCAAAGCACGAAGACAAAGCUCCGGUGCAACCUAAACUCAGGGAACAGUGGACUGCCAUGGAGGAGGAGAAGUGUUUUAAGUUCACUGAUGCAAACCUGACACCUCAGGAUGGAGUGAGUGAAAGUAUGAAUGCUGCGCCAACAGUUGAUUCACCUUCAACCAGUUUACAAAAGGGGAGCACUUUCAACAUAGAUGCUUUGGUCCAAGACCGCACUAAACCUACGAAUGUGGGUAACUGGCCUGCCGGUGAUCAGCAGGAGGAAAAAUCAAAUGCUGAAAAGUCAAUAGAAAAACCACAAAGUCCAAACCCUGAAGAAGAAAGAGAAACCGAGAAAAAGACACUGACCAACGUUGGACAAGUUUCAACUUCAGUUGUCACAGAAAAAAGCACACCAACAAGAAGACAAAGGUUCUCCAAACCCAAGCCUAAUCUGAAGUCGAGCUGUGGAGUUGGAAAGCUGCAAUCAGACAAGCACAGUAGACCUUCUGAAGAGAAGCCCUCUGCCGUUUCACUGGAACAACAGACAGAUUCUUGUAAAAUGACAAUGUCAGAUAAUGAUCCAGGUGAGCCUGAAUCCCUUUCAUCUGGGGUUGGCGGCUUGGAUAUGCCGUCACUGGUCUACAGCUCAAAUACCCAAACAGAUGCUCCUCAGACUGCAAUAACGAACAUCCCUUCAACUUCUAAUACCAGUGUCUCACCUCCUAAGAGAGGCUCCUCUGUCCAAGGUAGUGAUGUAACACCAUCAGAGUUAACAGGCUCUUCUAAGGCAUCAGGAAAAGCUGCCAGAGGGAGGCUGAUUAAACCUAAACCCAACCUGAGAUGCAGCAGUCGUCCCCAGCAAACCCAGGCAGUUGGAAAGACACAAUCAACAGGUUCAGACUCUGAUAGUUCCUCACACCCCCUUAGAACCUCUGGUGAUCAAAAACCUGCGUCUGAACUCUGUGCACGCAGCCAGGAGCAGGAAGAAAGACUAAUUAGGAAGCAAAAUAAAAAAGACACCAAUUCAAAUAAUGCUUCUCAAUGUGAGCAUAAAGAAGGAUCCACUAGCGAGCAUCAAACAUCAAGCACCGAGGGGAUUCAGAGAGAUUCGCUCCUGUCAGCACUGCUCCCAGAACAAGUGCCUUCAGAUCCAGAUGAACCAUUUUUUAUCCUUUCUCUGACUGAGAUCCCAGUCUCAUCAGCAGGGGGAGUGGGAAUGAGUGAAGCUGAGAAUCUCACUUACCUUCCUGCAACAGAUACAUCGGGACAGCAGUCAAGCACUUCUGGGGUUCCCUCUCAUUGCAGCACUUCUGGGGUUCCCUCCCUUUGCAGCACCACUGGGGCGAGUUUGGAAUCCGGAGUGCACCCUGAAAUUCCUGUGGAGCCGAUAGCCAUCAACACCAUUGCAGAGCCAAGUAAAACGAUCGAUGAUGUAGCUGACAAGAAAAGUCGACGGACAAGAAAAGCCAAAGCUUCUACCUCCAGCAUUUCUGAACCAAGCGUUACUGAAAGCAGGAAUCCCCCGACCAGGAAAGCAGCAAAAACUAGAAGUAGAGGGAAAUCCACAUCAGGAGCGUCACAUAUGUCCUCAUCAGAGCCUAACUUGUCUGGAUCAAAUUAUAGUAUUCCCAGAAAAACAAAAUCACCAACAACUGUGGGGGUUCACAUCGACCUGACUUCUUCAUCUACGGCUCCGACUUCACCUGAACGGGAUAGCGGCUUCGUUGAAGAGGAGCCUACCAGCGUGUCGCAGUUCUUCCUAAGUGACAUUUUUACAGAAGUGGAAGAGGAAUAAAAGCACUUUUGUAUCAUGCCUGCAGUAGUUUCUUCAGGAAUCUAUUUACUUUUUCUAUUUUUUUUUUAUCUGAUAUAUCCUUUAAACUAGAAUUUUGGUUUUUAAACUGUUGCACAGAUUUAAAGUUUGGUUUCUUCAAAGGGAAAAUGUAAACAAUGUAAAUAUGUCUGGAAAAAUGACUGAAUUCCUCUCAGCUGACUGACACUUUAACACUGGGUCUCAGAUUUCAUUAAUCAGCUGUGAAAACAAAUGUGAAGUAGGACUGAUUUACCUUUUGUUUUUCCUCAUGUUUAUACUUUAGAUUUUAUACUACAUCAGUGUCUGUCAGAAACUUAUCUCCACAGUGAGAGGCCAUUGUAAUAUAUAUUUAUUUGGUAAUUCUGUUUAUUGUAAUAGAAUGUAAUUCUAUAAAAAUGAAUGAAAUUCUAAGACAUUUUGAUAGGUUCUGUAGAUGUGUUUGUAUUGAGGACCUUGUACAGAAUAUUAUAUUUGAUACUUCAAGCUACUUACAUGUCUGCAUCUUGGACUUCCUUGUGUACAUAACGUCAUUUGGAGUUAUAGGUAUGAUUUAAGAAAGUAAACUUAAAAAAGGCACACAUUAAAAAAGUGUUUCUGUAGAUUACCGGUAAGUCAUUUUUUUGUUCCUGUUGAGUGUUCUGAAAUGUGGCAAAAUAUUUAAGACCAACAACAUUGCUGCGUAGUUAGGCUUUGUUCUUAUUUGAUGUUCAUAAGCUAGACUUUUGUGACUUCUAUUUAAUUUCAACAGAUUUUUCUGGGAUGUUAAAAGUUUUCGCAAAAAGAGAUGUAAUCUAAACAUCCGCUAACUGCUGCAUUGUUUGUCUGAACUCUUAAGGUUUUAUUGAUCUAGCGCAGCUCUUCUGGUGUUAACUAUCGGGUUCCUAAAACGUAAUGUGCGAUUUUUAUUUUCAGGUUGGUUAAAAUAUUAAAAAGGACUUUUUGCUUUCUUUUUCUUUCUUUUUAAUGGGAAAAUAAAUAUAAUUUGUAAUAUAUCAAAUCUAGCUUGCAGUGAUAAAGCUCUAAUGCAAUAUUUGAUAUUAAAUGACGACUUCCUGA